AUGGCUACAAAUGAGAUAUCUCAAGGUAGUUGUGCUGCUGAAACAUCUAAAUCGAGUAAUGAAAUGUCCCCUCAGCAGCAGCAGCAACAACAUCAAACGGCGACACCAACGCUGAACAAUUUACUCCGAACAGACGGAGCUGUUACCCCUGGGACACCGGUGUACAACAUAGCUCCACAAGGCCCACAGCCGCAGAAUGUGCAACAGCAAAUGCAAAUACCAGCACAUAUUCAACAUAUGCUGGUCCCACCGCAACCUAACUUCUCUUCUCCGCAGAAAUUCUGGGGUGUUCUUCACAAUUUUGAACAGGACACUACUCAAACUUAG